UCGCCCAGCCCCGCUCGAAACUUCCUUCCUUCCUCUGCAGGCGCUGAUGGGACGGGGCUUUGGUGAGUCACAAUCACGUAAGGAAUGCGGCUUUACCUUUUGCAAAAGUAGUGAGAUCUGCUGGGAGGUUCGACGAUCUCCUUGUUCUUCUCCUCUUCUUCAGUAACACGCGCUGUCACCAAAGAUGCUCAGAGCCUUACUGGCGCUGUUUGUCGCUUUCCCAGUUUUCUCGUUACAAGCCGACAGCGAGUCGCCCAGAGAUGGCUUUUGUAUUCUCAGUGACUGCUACACGAUACACCAGGGGGCUGCAGACUUUGACACGGCGAGCGGCGUGUGCGGGACUAAAGGGGGCCACCUGAUGACAGUCCGAUCGACGGAGCAGAGCGGCAUCAUUUCAAUCUUUAUGGGUGCUCUGCAGGGUCACUUCUGGAUUGGACUUGAGCUGCCCGCUGGUCGCUGUGGUGACCCUUCAAAAGCAUUACGUGGGUACCGGUGGGUAACCGGAGAGGAAACUACGAACACCACGUCGUGGAAAACGCAGGACUCGACCGAGUGUGGCCAGAGGUGUGUCUCCAUCUCCAAAGAUCAGCUGUGGGAAGAAAGUUCAUGUCUGGAGGCGGCUGAUGGGUUUCUCUGUGAAUUCAGGUUUAAUAAAACCUGUGAGCCAGCUGAGCUGGACGGAUUCUCGCUUACCUACUACACACCUUUAGGUUUUCAGACGACAUACAGCCAAACUACUUUGCCACCUGGAACAGUAGCAAUCAUGUCACCCACUGGGUACAAACUGUACUGUGACAUCAAUGAUUGGAAACCAGGUCCCUGGGACUGCCAACAUGAAAACGGCGGUUGCAGCCACACGUGUACAAUGGAGGGGGGUAAUGCGAAGUGCAUCUGCCCUGAAGGACUACAGUUAGAGGAGAACCAAGUGACCUGUGAGGCGCCCGAUCCAUGCAGGAGCCACCACUGUGCACACGUGUGUGUCCCUCAAAAGGACAGUUACAGCUGCCUGUGCCGAGGGGGCUACAAACUGGACCAGGAUGGCACGAAAUGCGUGGACGUGGAUGAAUGCAAAGAGGCGCGAGCCUGCAAAGCCGACCAGCUCUGCGUCAACACGCCGGGUAGCUUUCAAUGCACUUGCCCACUGGGGUUCGAAAUGGUCAGGGGCAAAUGUGAAGAUUACGCCCCCAGCUCGGAUAUGGUAAGGGCCAGGGGCUCAUCGUGCCCACCGGGCUUGAAAAUGGUGAGUGGCACGUGUGAAGACCGAGACGAGUGCGAAUCCGCUCCAUGUGAACAGGAGUGCACCAACACGCAUGGGAGUUUCAGGUGUUCCUGUUCCGAAGGAUUUCUUCUUAAUAGAAAAGACCCCACGAAAUGUGACAAACACUGUCAGUCGGAAAAGUGCCCGGCGAUGUGCGAUCCGAACGAGGGCAAUUUGUGCGAGUGUCCCGAUGGGUACAUAAUAGAGGAUGAGGACACCGGCGUGUGUAUUGACAUCGACGAAUGUGACGGCCAGUCGCUCUGUGACCACACCUGCACCAAUACAUUUGGGAGUUACGUAUGUCUCUGCGAACAUGGAUUCAGGCUGGAAGACGACGGCUUUUCGUGCACAGCGUUACCCUCCACUAGCGUCACUCCUGUCACCGUCCACCAAGUGACCCCGACCACGGACAUCCCCGUCAAAGAGCAACCGGUGAUCUCACCCGUUGCGCUCCUGGUGACUGUCAUCAGUGUCCUCAUCCUGGUGGUCUUAAUCUUCUGUACGCACCGAGCGUUAAGGCAGAGGGCGAAGUGGGACACCGCGACAGAGUACAAGAGCGCCGAACUGGACCGGGAUGGUGGGCUUCAGCAAGUCACCACCGAGAAAUACAUCAGGAAAUAUUCGUUCGUCACAAGUGAUUUAAAGGCGCAUACGUGACGCUCUGGACUACUUCUAACAUCUAGGACUCUAAUGGCUCGGGCACAGACUGUCGGAAAUGAUGCCCCCUUGCAACGAGAGGAUUAUAACGCGUAUCAUACCUGUAUAUGUGACCUAAAAAGGCACAAACUCGGGUUUGGAAGCAAUUCUGACUAAACUUUACAACAUGUGAUAUCGGAAGUAUUUGUAUUCUGCUCGGGUUACCGGCACGUUUGGAUUGGGGUGCAGUCACCUGGCUCUACGGUUUCACGGGGAAGCCAUUGAUAGAAAACAAACAUCGGGAAUAUGAAUGACAGCAAUUUAAAAGUUUCCUCCGAACAGCCCUUUAGAGUUUUAAUUCUGAAACCGUUGUGGAGCAAAAAAAUAAUAAUUUCAGGAUUUGUGGGACCUGAAAACAGCUUGUGGGGCAAAAUCAGGAAUCGGCGAUGGGCAUUGUGCCAGCCUAUUGAACACCUGCUUCACUUUGGGGGGGUAGUUUAAAAAAAAGGGAGGGGGGAAGGAUGUGUUAAAUACUUUAAAUCACCUUAAGUAGGACUGGGGGUCUUAAAUGCACUCGGGGAGUUGUCCAAACACAUGUCUUUAUCUUCAGACAAUUGUAUGAAGCUGCGGUAAAAGCAAAUGAAUUAUAAAAGCUUUAAUGACUUUGUUAAUGUUUAACAUUGUAUUAUAUUGUGUUUAUUAUCGAGCAAAAAUAUUAUUUAUACCGCAAUUAACAUUUAAUAAAGUGAAAGUGAGUGAGCUAAAGAAUCCGAGUUUCUAAGUAAAUGCAAUAAAGCAGUAAAUCAACAUCUGCAUUUAG